UUCUUCCUAUUAGUGUAUCAGUAUCAGAUGUACUGUAAAAAUAUCUUUUUUUGCUUUCUUAGAUCUGCAUGUUCAGGCUGCAAACUCAUCAGUGGUGCUUUCUCUUAUGUAACGUUGUCUUAUUUCACGCCCUGCUGUUUGGCGGUGACAUUGUCGAGGAGUUUUUGCUUCAGUCAUCUCCAGCUGCUCACACUGACCGUUUCGUGCUCGAUAUUCGAGAACAGGCACGCAAACUGGACCUGACUGAAACCAGGCUGAACACCUCACAGCUUUAUCCUUUUAACGUUGAACCUUGCCCUGACCACCAGGACCUCCUCAUCCUCACGGUGGUCCUCAGUUCCCCAGGAAACUUCAGCCAGAGGGAGGCGGUGCGAAACUCUUGGGCCAAUCAGACCACAGUGCAGCACGUUGCCGUGCGGACAUUGUUCUUCUUGGACUCUUCCACAUUAGGGGCGGAGCUUCUGGCAAUGAGGGAGGAGUCGGCAUGCUAUGAUGACCUUGUACAGUUUGAGGGCGGGGUUUCACGUGGAGAGCUGGAGAGGGGACAUUGGGAGCGAGUAAAAAUGGCACUUCGCUGGGUUCUGCUGUUUUGCCCUCAAGCUCAAUUUGUUGUGUUUUCUGAAGAUUCAGUGUAUUUAAACAUACCUGCGCUUGCAUCGUACCUGCUAGGGCUGAGAUCGAACCCCGACGACCUUUACCUGGGAAGGGUCAUCCAUCGGGCCGCACCUGAGAGAGACCCGGGCAGAACGCAUUACUUGCCCUAUCAUGUGUACCCUGAUAAGUAUCUUCCAGAUUAUUGCUCAAGCCCCGCCUUCCUCCUGUCACAGGAUGUCGUGAGAAAAGUUUACGUUGCUGCACAGAGCGUUGCUCUGCCCCUCCCACCUGACAUUCUGAUUGGCCUGUGUGCAAGACGGGCAGGUGUGGUGGCAACUCACAACUCUCGAUUUUCCGGCGACAGACACAUUCGGUAUAACCCCUGCUGCUAUAACUUUCUAUUCAGCUCGGCAGAAGUGGGAGGGCGACUGAUGGGUGUGGCAUGGAGAGAUUUAGGGGCGGGGAAUGGGAGGCGCUGUGGCAUAUUGGAGACAUAUUAUAGUUUGGUCGCAUGUAAAACGAUGACCUACCUGGACAAACUUUCCUUUCUGAGUAAUGAUAACACCCAGGGCUAA